UCUAUGAGCGAGCAGCCCCGCUGCCUUCUGCUGAAGAUCUCUGGGGCUGGAGCGUGCAGUGCACAGCAGUACUGCUGCUGCUGGCUGGCAGGAGCUGGCCCGGAACUGGCCGUGCAGGGGGUGCCUCCGGGGAAGCUUAGUUCCCAGUGACUUCUCCCUCCAGGGGCUCGCCUCCUGGCUGCUCAGUGUGGUCCAGAUCAGUCCCUUCAUUCCCUGGGUCCCACAGCUUGUGAAGCCAGGUGGAAGAAAGUGCACAAAGGCAUCCAUGGAAAAUGAACUUCGUCCUCUCUGGCCCUCCCCAGCUGCUGGAGAAGCCAAUUUACAAAAAUCAGCUCAUCUCAGGGAGUGAAGACUGAGCUUCCCCCUAGAUGAAUCCAUAGUGGAAUCCAGUGUGGUAGCCAGAGGGAAACAGCAGAGCCAAGGCCCAGCCUGUUGAGUAAUUGACUGGAGGGAAUCCUGCCAGAUGAGAGCUGCCUGGUGCCCCAGGAAGGCCCCCAACCCUGGGAACUGCUGGGAAAAGCAGAGGGAGAGGUGGAAUUGAUAGACCUUAUGGCUGAUGAGAGAGCCUGCCUUCUGCUGUGGGCCCCUGUCGGUGGGCAGACAUGUCUCAGGAGGCAGCUGCAGAGGGCUCCAGCACAGAGGACCCCGUUCUCAGUCUCCACAACAGCUGUGGGCCUUUCCAGGAGGAUAUGGAAGAAACCAGCUCCGUGGUAGGCCUGGCACCAGGCCUGCCAGGAGAGAGCUCUGGGGCCCCAGUUUGGGUGGGCAGCAGGAAGAGGGUCCUCAGGGAAGAGGCUCAUCAAAAUGCCAGCUCCCAGGUAGUGGGUGCUCCUGGGACUAGCCUGGAGGCCGAGGUGGUCCUGGGGCUGCAAGCUAUGGGAGAGAGCCAGGAUUCGGUGCCCGGCCCCAGGCUCCACAUCCAGCCGCCCACAGUGCCUGCCCACGGGAGGGCUCAGGCCUCCAAGAGGCUCCAGGUUACAAUGCACGACAUCUUAGCUGGAAGCUGGCCCAGGAAUCUUUGUAGUGCGUCCGUGGGAACAAGAAAGAAAAGCAGGAGGUCUGAGGCCCCCUCAGAGGAGGAGGAGGGGGCUGAUGGCUUCUUGUGGCUUGGUCAGAGCCCUGGUGGGGACAAACCCCAGUCUGUGGGAGACUCCCCCCAAGGUGCUGACUUGGAGUCCUUGGGAGGCCCUUGCAGUCCUCUCUCUUGCAAGGACACUGGGUGUGGGCCUGGAGAUCCAGGUGGAAGUUGGAUGAGCUAUGCCUCAGGGGUUGAGAAGUUUGAAUAUUUGCCCACUGCAGAGGGCGGGACCCAGCCAGGCAGCCCCUGUGACCCUGUCAGGUCCCCACUGCCCAGUGGAGGCGAGUCCCUUCAGCCAGCUGCCCGGGAUUCUCCACAGAGCCCUGUACUGUGCCUGGGAGUGUCCGGAAAGGCUUCCACAGAGCAGAAAGAAGCCAGGCACAUCGUGGGGCCUGGUGGUGGUGAUGGCCCUGCCACCUCACACAACCAGGAGGAGUUGGAGGUCAAGGCUCAGCCAGUGUCUGGGGAGAUGCCAGGACAGGGACUCGCUGCUGCCCUGCAGCCUGUAGCCAGCAAGGCUAGCUCAGGCCCAUCCAUGGGGCGGAGAAGAUCCAAGUGUGCUAAACAGUUGAGCAGGGGCCCGGUGCCCCAUGCCCAGGACCAGGGCACUGACAGAUGCCCGGACGACUCCAACCAGGACCAGGCAGAGGAAUCCAGCCCAGGAGGCUGCCCCAAACUGGAGGCAAUGAAAACGGCCCAUGGGGUGAAGCAUGUGUGUUACGUUGGUUCUGGGGCAGUGAUCCACCUCCUGGGGGCCAUCAGCUACGGCCAGGCAGGGGGGCUGCUGCCUCCAAAGCUGGAGGUUCUGGAGGACAUGAUGGAGGUCAACUCAGCCUCACCUGCCCAGAGGCCCAGAAGGAAGGAAAGGCGCAUGGCCCAGGGCCCCGCAGGGUGCCAGGAGGGGGUUCCCGUUCAGGAGGCUGGUGCUGAGUGUCCCGGGUGUGGCCCAGUGGAGGCUGAAGAGGAGGAGCCUGGUGAGCAAGCGCGGGGAGAGGACUCAGCUCAGCUUCAGCCCCAACAGGAGAAGCUCCCCCUGGAUAUCGGGGUACGAGGCACUGUGGUCCGUGCCAUGCAGGAGGCGCUGUGGAGUCGCCUUCAGGAGCGCCCAGACCUGGUGCUGAGUGAGGAGGCCGUGGAGGGCAUCGCUGCUGGCAUCGAGGCAGCCCUCUUCGACCUGACAAAAGCCACCAACGGCCGCUACAAGAACAAGUACCGCAGCCUGCUGUUCAACCUGCGGGACCCCAGGAACCCGGACCUGUUUCUCAAAGUGGUUCACGGAGACGUCAGCCCCCACGGCCUGGUGCGGAUGAGCUCAGUCCAGCUGGCCCCCCAAGAGCUGGCCCGCUGGCGGGACCAGGAGGAGAAGAGGAGCCUGGAGAUGAUUGAGCAGCUACAGAAGGAGCCGUGCAGCCUCCCGGCCUCCAAACUGACCCACAAGGGGGAAGUCGAGAUCCUGCGGGACAUGGACCAGAUGCUGACCCUGGAGGAUCUGGUGGGACCCAUGGUGUCCAUAGACGGCGACCCACUGGCCCUGCCUGCCACGUCGAAGGGCACCACGGAGCAGCACGAGGACACCACGGAGCAGCACGAGCACCACUUCCUAGACCCCAGCUGCCGCAUCUGCAUGGACUGGAAGCCCUUGUAUGAGCAGCCAGCCUCCUUCAUAGCCACCAGGAGGAUGGGGGAUGAUGAUUUCCAGAGAGCCCCAAGCCUAGUCCCUAUGUCCUCUCCAGAGAUGCCCCAAACCAAGGAGAAGCCUCCCACGGAGCCCAAGGACAGGCUCCAGAUGCCUGCUGGGUCCACAAAAGCCCUGCCCAGCCAGCCGCCCUGGGAGGGGUCUCUGGACAUGUUCUCCAUUAAGCGGUUCCAGGUCAAGGCCCAGCUGGUCUCGGGGCACAACUUUCGGCUCAUCCGGGCCCUGCCCCAGGUGAUCCGCUCUGCAGGCUGCAUCCCCCCCAGUGCUGUCUGGGACUUUCUGGCCAGCAUCUGCCCAGCCAAGGCCAAGGACGUCUGUGUGGUCAGACUGUGCCCACAGGGCUCUCGGGACACCCAGAAUUGCCACCUGCUCUAUUCCUACCUCAAUGACAAGCAGCGCCAUGGCCUGGCAGCUGUGGAACAGGUGGGGGUGGUCCUGCUGCCCCUGCCUGCCUUCCAGCCCCUGCCCUCCAGGCUGCGCCCUCUUGGAGGCCCAGGCCUGGAAGCCACUCACUCAAGCCUGUUGCUGGCGGUGCUGCUCCCCAAGGCAGGGCUUCUGGACACAGCAGAGUCCAGCCCCUUGGGGGGGAAGGUUCGCAAAAUGCUCUCCUUCAACAGAAAAGUGGAGAUGAGAUACUACCAGCCAGAGGCCAGGGGGCCAGACGUAGCCCUGAAGGGCUCCCCUUCCCCGGUGGGUGCCCUGCAGCAGGGCCAGGACAAAGGCAACCUGGCCCCAAGGGGAAUCUGUGCUCGGCAGAGGCCUCCCAGAGGCAGGGGGAGACUGUGGGGAGAGCCUGAGACCUGGCAGGGUCCUGGGCGAGGGCAACGGCCUCCAAACCCAGGCUGGUACCAGUCCUGGCAUCCCUAUUCAGCUUCACCAGCUGGCCAUGACCAGCACCUCCACAGGGCUUCCUGUCCCCACCAAGCCCUGCUCCAGCAUCUCAAAUCCCUGGUGGCCAUGAGCCACCGGCUCCAAGCCUCACUGAGGUCCCUAGGCCAGGAGCAACUUCCCCGACCUCCUGCCCAGCCUCCUGCAGCCCCUGGGAUUCUUGGCCUCCUCUGCCAGUCCCCUGCAGCUCCAGAGCCCCCUGGCCCAGCCCUUGACUCCUCUUUGGGGUCUACAGAUGGAGCUGGCUCUGAGUGUCCCCUUCCUGGGAGACCUUACACUCAUUACCCACCAAAAGAGGGGCUUUAAUUCCCUAACCAGUGCUGAACCCUAAGGUGCUCCAGAAAGAGCAACAGGGGCAGAGGAAGGGGAUGGUCAGCUGUUUGAAUUUCCUGUUCUGCAGUUUGCUUUGUGUUGAUUUUUGGUUUA